UUUUUUAAAUGUAAUGUUUUGCGAUUUUAUUUUUGUAAUGGAGAGGAUCUUAAUACUAAUUUUCCGCAUAUGAGUCAUCACGAGACAAGCACAAAGUACGAUUAUGUUACUAUAUAUUCCCCCAAGAUCCUUCACUACUACUCCCUCUUCAGACCAUAUCCAAAUUCUUACACCAAAGCUACCAUGGAUAGCACUGUUUCUCCUGUCACGAUCGAAGAAGAUGGCCAUGAACUUACAGAUAUGGUCUCUACUUCUAAGAGAAAAGGUGGCUGGAAUUCUGCCAUUUUCAUCAUUUUGCUUGAGGUUGCAGAGCGAUUUGCCUUCUAUGGUGUGGCUGGUAAUCUCAUAACAUACCUCACAAAUGAUCUCCAUCAGCCCACAGCCGCCGCGGCCAAGAACAUUAACACAUGGAUUGGUGUCUCUUCCAUCUUUCCAAUAUUAGGAGCAUUCAUUGCUGAUUCUUUUCUUGGCCGGUUCAAGACCAUUCUUUUUGCCUCAAUCAUUUAUUUCACAGGAAUGGUACUAUUGACCCUGUCGGUCUCAGUAGUUCCUACUCAUCACCGGGAAAUGGCGUUCUUCAUAGCUCUUUAUAUUCUAGCUAUUGGUGAAGGCGGGCAUAAGCCGUGUGUACAGACAUUCGCAGCGGAUCAGUUUGACGAGGAGAAGCCGGAGGAGAAGGCAGCCAAGAGUUCGUUCUUCAACUGGUGGUACUUGAGUAUUGCAGUUGGUGCUACCGUUGCUGUAUUUGUGGUCAUUUACAUACAGGAUAAUGUGGGAUGGACAGAAGGAUCUGCGAUGCUGGCAGGAGUGUUAGUGGUGGCACUGAUGGUAUUUCUGAUGGGAAUUAAGAGAUACCGGAUAGAAGCACCGUGUGGGAGCCCAUAUACUACGGUGGCGCAGGUGUUCGUUGCUGCUGCAAAGAAGCAGCGCGUGAGUGAGACGAGAGAAGGCUGGGGCCUCUGUUGUGUUGAUGAGAAAGAUGGGGCUGACGACCUCGAGGGUCAACCUAAGGUUCGGGUUUUGGCUCGCACCAAGCAAUUCAGGUUCUUGGACAAGGCAAUGAUCAUAGACAACAUAGAUAUCUCAAACAAAACCAGGAAUCCAUGGCGGUUAUGCACCCUAAACCAAGUGGAAGAAGUGAAGCAAGUGCUUCGCCUAAUCCCCAUAUGGCUAAGUUGCUUGAUGUUCACAGCCAUAAUAGUUCAAACACACACAUUUUUCAUCAAGCAGGGUAGUACUAUGAUCAGAUCAAUCGGACCACACUUCCUCUUCCCUCCAGCAUCACUCCAAUCCCUUACAGGCAUGACAAUCCUCAUCGCAGUCCCAAUUUACGACAAAUUCUUCGUCCCCAUAGCUAGAAAAAUAACAGGUCAUCCUUCUGGUAUAACCAUGCUUCAGAGAAUAGGUAUUGGGCUAUUCUUAUCGAUUCUUGAAAUGGUAGUAGCAGCACUAGUAGAGGCUAAAAGGGUCAGCACUGCAUUCGAACACGGCCUCAUCGAUACCCCGAAAGCAAUAGUACCAAUGGCAGUCUGGUGGCUACUUCCACAAUAUAUGAUCAGUGGACUAGCCGAUGUUUUCACAGUCAUUGGACUGCAAGAAUUGUUCUACGAUCAAAUGCCGGUAGCAAUGAGAAGCAUGGGAGCUGCUGCAUAUAUUAGUAUCAUCGGAAUUGGAAGCUUUAUAAACAGUGCUGUCAUAUCUGUAGUGCAGGCUGUUACAUCUAGACGGGGUCAUGUUUGGCUUGGAGAUAAUGUGAAUCGUUCCCACCUUGAUUACUUCUACUGGGUAUUGGCAGUAUUGAGUGCCUUGAAUUUGUGUGUUUAUGUAUGGAUCGCUAGUGGUUUUGUGUACAAGAAAGUUGAAGGUGAUCAUGAGGAAAAAGAAAUGGAAGAGAAGGAGAAAGGAGUGGAGUCUUGAAGGGAAACUAUAUUGAAUUUAUGUCGAGUACAACUUAGUGAAAGAGGAAAAUCAAAAUAUUUGUAUUUAUAUGGAAUUUUCAAAAAAAAAAAAAAAAGAUGCUGCAAUAGUUAGUGUUAAUCAAUGUUAUUAGUAUUUUGUUUUAGAAAUCUAUCUCAUUUAUAAUAAUAAAAUAAACAAAAUCAACUGAUUAA